UUCAUUAUCAAAUCUUUAAUCUCCAAAACCCUUCUCCCCAAAGCAAAAACCCUAAAGCAUCGAUUUUUACUUUUUCCUUUCUCUUUUUUCAUAGAUUUUAACUAAAAGCCCCAAUAAUAUGGUACCCGAAAGCCAAGUAGCGCGCGCCUGCUCAUAACAAAUUCUUAUCUACAGUUUCUGCUGUGUCUGAUUUUCCAACCUCUACAGGUGGGUAUCAUUCUAUUUUUUUGGAUUAUUAUUUUUAAAAUUUUUAUUUUCCGUGAAGCGAAUUCAUUUUCAUUUUACUUUUCAGUGAGAACCGCAGCAUUUAUUCGUUUUUGAGAAUUAUUGAGGUAUGCGCUAAAUAGAACUAAUCGAUUGCAUCAUUUUUAUGCUCGAGUAUGAAUUAUUAGUUAAACAUGCAGCAAGAGACACAUCAUAUUUUAUCGAAAUUCCUGCACGAAUAAAAUCACGGUGUAUGUUAUUCAGUGGAUGUAUCCAUUUUCACAUUUUUUUUAAUAAUUUGGGGGAGGGGGCGUUCUGCUUAUGCAGCUGCAAAAUGUUUAUUGGAUUGAUCAUUGUGCCUCGAUAAAAAAUGUGAGAACGCAGAAUUUUUAUGUUUAUUUCUCUGUUUCAGUUUUCUUUAGUUUGAUCUAGGAAUAAUCAGAUAAUUAGUGCAUUCUGCAUUCCUCAAUCCAAACCCGACCCCGCUGCAGCAAACGGCGACGCCCAUUCGGCCUUCGCUCGCCUCCGACUCUGAGCUCCGGCAGCGCUACAGCAGUCUCAGUGUCCCGCACUGGCGCACCCAGCAGUUUGGGAAAGCUAGAAAAGAAGCUCUCAUCCUUGUGAAAGAAUCAAUCACCGACAUGGACCAACCGGCUAAACCUAGCUCAAGCACAAGCCCAAGCCCAAGCAAACUAUUUUCACAACCACCCGAACUGCAUCAAAGCGAUGCAGACGAGGACGAUGAGAAUGUCAAGCAGCUUGGAAAAUGCUCCUCUGUCUACUUAGCUCUACAGGAUUGUCUUAUCAAUUCCAACAGGAACUGGAAAUCUUGUCAAAAAGAAGUUCAACUCCUGAAAGCAUGCAAUAAUGGAAGAAAUAACUGAGCAGAUCUACUAAGAAAAUUGAUGGAGAUAUGGUGAUUAUUACUUACUAUUUGGAUUAGUUAGUAAAAAUAAAUAAACAGAAAAUCAGUUUAUUUGUUCGAUUUUGAAUACUAUCAUGGUGAUAAUUAAUUUUGAGAAGCAUGUAUUGAUUUAUUUCUUACUUGUUUUUAUAAUAAGAUAAUUUCAGCAGCAAUUCUCCAAAA